AGGACUAUCCCUGGCGGUGAUCUCCCUUUCAACACCAAAAGGUUCCCCUCAUUUGUGUGUUUCAACUAGUUCUGACUGCAGUAAGCCUGUCACUGUCUUCCAUGGUGGGGACUUGACAUUUUCCUAGAUGUCUGCAGUAUGUCUGACAUUCUGUGACAUACGCACACACACGCGGAGGCACACAUAUCUACGGGAAAUAAAUCUGGUUUGUACGUGUUUUCAGACGGAGUUACCUGCGUGAACACUCCUGGCUAGUGGCUCUUUAGCAUAAAGUUAAGGUUUGGACUUCAUAUACGGAUUAGGAAAUGGUUGAUGUUAAUUUGAAUAUUAUUCCACAGUCAACACAGUUAUUUAUCAGUAACAGAUAGCUAAAUAUGUGAUAAGUGAUGAUGGAUUGUCCACGACUGGGGUUGCCACUGAGACGAUAGCUUAUUUCCAGACCAGUUCACAAGGAAACAUUUCAAUUUAAACUUUUCAAGAAAGUGGUCCAGAAAUUGUUUCUCACAAUGUCGGACAAUGAUGUGGACUAUCAUAUAGACGAGGAUCUGGAACAGUUGUUUCAUUCAGACCUUCCAAACCUGCAGUUAGGGCACGAGACAAACAGCCAUGAUGAUGUAGUAGGAGAUCAUCUUCCCGAGUGGCUGGUCGGAGUUAUCGUGGUCAUCAUUAUGCUCAUCAUCGCUUUCUUUGUCAUGGUCAUCACUUCCAUUAUUAAGAAUAGACAAAAAAACAGAUCGUCCACCUACAUCAGCACGCCAGCCAUUUGUGACGAUUUGGAAUCAGGAAAAAUUGGAAACGGCGGUGACGUCAGCAUGAAGAUGACGUCAUUUUCUUCUGUGUCAGAAGGGAUGAUGGGAAAACUUCAAACGGCCAACACAAACACAGCUAAAACGGCUAAUGUGAAUGACGACAAAGAAAAACUGGCCAACGGUGUCGCCAUUGCAGACAACUCUGGAGGGGUUCAAGGCUGUCGCAAUCCACUAUUUGUGGACGACGAUCUUGAGGAUAAGGACGCCGUUCAAAGCGUUAAUGAAGACGUCAAGACAAGCUGUUCUAGUGAUGUCAUGUCCGACGAAGCUAAAGCCAAUGGGGGCGAAUCUGACGGCACAUCCAAAUCAAAACAAAAGGGAAGCAUAGGAAAACACAAACAUUCCCCACAGAAGGGAAAAACCGCCCAGGGAGUUCCACAGCUUCCUGCUGACGCAUAUGACGCCCAGCGCUCCGAAAAGUCACAGAUCUCGAGCAAGGUAAAAAGCGGCUCGCAAAGGUCAAGUACAAAGGACAGCUUUAAAGACUGUACUGAAUGUUUUGCCGCCUGCUCCAAAGACGACGGUAUUCCUUUGAAUCAGAACCGCAAUGGAGGGACUUCGAAGCGGGGUUCAGACGAGUCCAGAAAGAUCGACCUCGAGAGUUGCUGUGAAGAUUCGGGCAUCGAGCUUUGCACCAGCGAGUCUCCCGUGAGGUGCGGGCUGGAGAGUAGAAGUCAGUCUCUCUCCACGGAAGAAGAAGAAUACCAGUCAAACAGGCCAACUACAAAGUCAACUUUCCACUUGACUGAAGUCAUGGUUCACGGUACUCACGCUGGGAAUCUUCAGGAAGAUGUAGAUUUUCCGGAUUCUCCAGGAGAUGGUGAUUGCGUUGGGGAUUCAGAGUUCAAGUCUACCAAUAGCAGACUAGACCAAAGACAAGAUGAGUCAGUUCAUACAGAGCAGACUCUGGUGGAGAUUCAUAGUGAGACCAACGACCACGGUAAAGUAGAUGCGGAUGUAAGCACAGCUUCCAUUGCAACUGAGGGGACACUCAUGGAAGAGAUCAACUUGACAGACGACGAGUCAACAUUCGCCAUGAGCACAAACCUCUAAGUCAACACCAGGUCUCACUGACCUAGCUCACCACCAACGGCCUUCCCAGUCUCGUGACGUCACGUGCUUCUAUGAACUGAAUCCAACUUCUCCAUGCUACAUCUAGAUCUAAAUGCCUCUAGUCAAUAUUUUGUGAUGUCAUCACAUUUUUUUAGACUGACCUAUAAAGUCUUCUUACACACAUUGGAGGAUGUUAUUCAUGACUUGAGUGUGUUGAAAGUACAUGUAUUUCUUUUCGUUUAGUAAUGUCUUUGUGUCACCAUAGUUACGAGCAGUCAUUAAUAGUGUUUAUGAUAUUAUUGUAACUAAUUAAUUAUUUCUGUUUAACCUCAGUGUAAAAUCAGUGUAAUAACGUGUUGAUUUCUUCAAUAUAUUUGUAGAUUUCCUUUUUGUGAUAUAAUCGUCUAAUACCGACCAAGGCUAUGGGUCAUACAAAAUAUUCGCGUCCGAAUAAAUGGACAACAGUUUGGAAACCACUUUAGUCAACCAGAGUUCUAUAUGACUAUCUUGUUGUUUUUUUUUUUAUAGGUU